AUGUUGAGCCUAAAACUUUUUCGUCAAUUUAAUAAGCCUUUACUGACUGCUCCAGUGAUAGCGCGUUUCACUGGAAGUGCUGCAGCUGUUAAGACUGGAAAAAAUUAUGCUAGUCAUUGGAGAACAGAACGUAUUGUUUCUAUAGCACUUAUGGGAUUGUUUCCUGCCUCAGUAUUAUAUUCAUCACAAAUAGUUGACACUUUAUUGGCAGGAAGCAUUAGUCUCCAUGUUUACUGGGGACUUGAAGCAUUGGUAGUUGACUAUUUACGUGUACCAGUUGUAGGACAGCUGGCUAACAAAGCUGGACAUGCAGCUAUUACUCUUCUUGCGAUUGUCACCUUGGCUGGAUUUAUGAAAGUCAUUUUUGUUGGUGAUGGACUUGGCAAUGCCAUGGUUACACUUUGGAAAUUGUAA